AUGGCCUACUCUCCUUUAAACCUGAAAGCCCAGUAUCAUGUUCGCUCAAUCAGCUUACCCUCUAGGCCACACCCUCUCAUUCCUGAAUUUAAUGAGCAUUUGUGCAGAUUAAGAGCUUCUCAAGCUGCCUCAUCAUCAUCAUCAUCAUCAUCAUCAAUAAGCCACAGACUGAGAGGCCUUAAAGAUCUACAUGACUCUGUAGAUGAUUUGCUUCUGUUGCCACUUACUCAACAGACCUUAGCCCAACACCGCCACGAGAAAUGGGUUGAUGAGCUGUUGGAUGGAUCUCUCAGGCUGUUGGAUGUGUGUGGCACUGCUAAGGAUGCCUUGUUGCAGACAAGGGAACAUUCACAUGAAUUACAAUCAAGUCUGCGCAGAAGGCAGGGAGGUGAAAAUGGGAUCGCAGCUGAGGUUGGGGAAUAUUUAACUUCGAGGAAGACGGUAAAGAAGGCAAUGCACAAGGCCCUAAGGAAUCUGAAGGGCAUGGAGAACAAAAGCAACUUCUCUCCCUGGAACAAAGAUCCUGAUACCAUCUCCAUUGUUACAAUGUUAAAAGAGGCGGAAACAGUAACUCUCACAGUGCUUGAAUCUUUGUUGUCCUCAAUAGCAGGGGUAGCAGCAAAAUCAAAACCAAGUAGCUGGUCUUUUGUCUCAAAACUGAUCCAUCACAAGCAUGUGGCAUGUGAGGAAGCAGCAGGAGAUCUUAGCGAAUUUGAGAAGGUGGAUGCUGCAUUAUGCAACCUCAUUAGCGGCAAGACUAAAUCUCUCAGGCCUGUGCACAUUGAUGAUGUGCAAAACAAGAUAGGGAAAUUAGAAACAAGCAUUCAAGGUCUUGAAGAAGGGAUAGAGUUCCUAUCCAGACAUUUAAUCAAAACCAGGGUGUCCAUCCUCAACAUCCUCAGCCACUAG